UAAUUUUAAAAACCGUAACCAUAACAGUGUCGUCCGACUACCAACGGGUUUUAGUCGUUGCAAUCUUGGUUACUAAGACGCUAUUUUCCAUUUAUGCAAAUCCUGUUUUUUUUGUAAUUUCUAAUCAAACAAGGAAUACUAAAAAGAAACAAAUCCAAAGUAAUUACAUCAAUCUAAUUAGAUAGGUUGUUCACAGUUAGCUAAAAACUUAGAAAGAUGGCAAGUGGAGAACAACAUUUACAUCUUUCUGUUAGAGAAAAUGACAAAGAAAAACUUGAAGAGCUUUUGGGAGCUGGAGUUGAUAUCAAUUGUUUAUUUUACGGAUGGACACCAUUACAAGUAGCAAUUCAGGAAGGUAAUGAAGAUAUUGGAGUAUUUUUGAUAGAGAAAGGAUGUGAUUAUAAUUUCCAUGACAGACACAAUGUUACACCAUUUGAAGAUGCUGUCAACAGAAAUUUAUCAAAGAUUGUAGGAGCAUUGCUAUCAAAGGGAGUUAAGCCAGAUGAGCCCUUAUCAAAUGGUAAUUUGGCAAUUUGUGUAGCAGCUGAGAAGUCAUACAAAGAACUACUGCAAACUCUCAUAAAUGGUGGUGCUACUGUGAAUUCAGUAAACAACGAAGGAGCAACACCACUGUAUAUAGCCUCUAAAGAAGGACACAAUGGAUUAAUACAAACAUUAUUAAAUGCACGAGCUAAUGUCAACAUGCCAUGUGAGAAAGGCGAACAGCACACACCACUGAUUGCUGCUACUGCUGCAGAACAGUUUGAUGUUGUUAAAUUACUGUUAAAGAACAACUGUGACAUCAAUGCUCCAGAUAAGGAUGGUUGGACUCCAUUAUGGCAUGCCUAUGGGAACAAUGAUGAAGAUAGUAUGAAAUUGUUACUGAAAUCAGGGGCAGAUAAGAAUGUAAAAAAUGCUGAUGGAGUGACAAUAAUGGAUGAAGCUAAAGAUGCAGACGACGACAGCAUGAUAGAAUUAUUACAAAGUUUUUCACAGGCAUGGACAUGAAGUUAUUGUGAAAAUUCAAUAUGAAUGAAUCUCCUGAGUUUAUAAACAGUAGUGCUGAUCAGACAGAUACAAUUUAGCACUUGUUAUUGUAUGCAGCAAAGAUGCACAUAUUACAUGAAAGAAAUUAAGAACAGUCUCUCAAAACAUUUUACUAGAAGUGGUGGUAAAAACAGCAGUAGAAUCUUUUAUCUUAAAUUAGAAACAAUCGCAAAAAA